GUGCCUCCGCGUGCGUGGCUGGGUGAGCGGCGUCUAUGAUCCGUUGCGCUCCAUCGUCGCUGGCAGCGCGCGCGGCGGGAAGCUCGCGAAGGUUGAUUUUGGCCCCGUCCUCGCCAAGGCCCACCUCAACUACGUGUACGCGGUCGCCGAGGACUUGACGGGGGUGGGCACCAUCGUCUGCAAGGGCAUGGCGGCGGCGGAACUCAAGGUCUCUCCCGAGGCGGUGGUUCUCGUGUCCAUCUCAGCGGUGGCGCUGGCGGUCCAUUGGGGCCUCGAGGCCGAGGGGUGCACCGUCGAGGCCUACGAGCGCGCGGGAAAGGCGGCGCGCAGGGCCGACCGCAUCGCCACCCAGGUGCGCAAUCGCGCCUUCCUCGCCAAGAUCGCGAGGGCCCUCUGGGCAACGGGCUCCAGACCGCAGGGCACCUGCGGGCGCCGGAUCGCGGGCCUCGCCCCGAGAGCAGCCACCGACCAGCGGCGACAGACUCUGCGGGCGAUAGCGGUGAAGGUCCCAGGCAGGUGCCUAGCCGCGGCGCUCGUCACUGUCCUCGGCGCGAAGGGCCCUGUCGUCGAGCUCCGCAAGCAGACCGUCGAGGAGUGGCCCAAUUUCUGGAUCGCCAACCCUGCGCGCCACGAGCGGAGCGUCCGGACGUGCAGGCUGGCCCACCAGAAGACCAUCAGCUACGGCAGCCAUAUGUGGCGUGAGGUUGUGGGGCCCAUCCACGCUGCUCAGGCCAUCCUAGUCGACGCUGGGUGGGACUGUCUGUCUCCCUUCGAGCGGCCCCGCCAACCUCGCGAAGGAGGGCCGGCAGAGCAGACGUGGAUCCGACCGCGCAAUAAGUGCGCCGACUGGGGCAAGAAGUGCCGCGAAGUCGACCCGUCGCAGUUCGUUUGCGAGUUCCGCCAGACCGUCGGUGGCGGCCCCUGGGGCGAUGCCUCCAAGCGCCCCCGCGGUGGCGGCCCGCAGCGUGGCGGGCCCGACGUGCGCGUCAGUGCGCGCGAGAUGCAGGGGCUAACCAAUGCGGGCUGGUUCGACCAGUGUGUCUGCGACUUCUGCGCG